AUGUCAGCACAAGAAAUCCAAGCAGGCGUGCAGUUCAAAUUGCUCAUCAUUGGAGAUUCUGGUGUUGGAAAAUCAUGUUUUUUAUUGCAAUUUACUGAAGGGGUUUUUAAAGAGGAUCAUACUGUAACUAUUGGAGUCGAAUAUGGAGCUAAAAAUAUAACAAUCAGCAAUACACUGGUAAAGCUUCAAAUCUGGGACACAGCUGGACAAGAAGAUUAUAGGUCAAUAACCAGAACUUUCUAUAGAAAUGCCCAUGGGAUUAUUCUUAUGUAUGACUUAACUAAUUUGCAGACUUUUGAAAAUCUUGACACAUGAUUGAACGAAGCCAAACAAAACGCAGGUGAUGAUGUUAUGAUAUUUUUAGUAGGAAAUGUGUUAGAUUUAGCAGAUGAGGAAAGAGAAGUCGACACAGAUAUUGCUGAAAAAUGAGCAGAAGAAAAUAAGGCAGCAUGUCUUUUCCUCUGGACAUUUUCUCUUGAAAGCAUUUUCUUGGAAAACUUUUUCCAUCACUAAAAUUAACUGUUUUAGCUAAAAAUGUUUGAUGAGGAAAACUUUCGACGAAAAAUCAUGAUCAAAAGAAAUCUGUUACUAAAAUAAGUUAGAUGGAUUCCUAGAAGGGUCUGCAAAAACUGCUGCAAAUGUAACAGAGUAAGAAUCAUUUAGGGUUUUUACGAAAUUUGGAGAAAUUCUAUUUAAAAAAUACCAAAAUCAAACAACUGUUACAGAAACUCGGCCUCCUGAUCUUGUCAUAAUAAAACCAACAGACACUAAGAAAAAGAAAGGAUGCUGCUAA